AACCGUGUUCUCAUUUUCUCCUCCACUCUCCCUCUAGGUUUCCUGGGAAACAAACACAUCAUACCAAUACCAAAAUUUACGAAUCCGCCUAACUGAAUUGCAUCAAUCUAACUCAUCAAUUAGCAGGCAUUCGUUAACACCCAAAUCGAAAUCCCCAAUUGAUUUUUUUUUUUUUAAUCUGUUUUCGGGGAGGUUUUUUAUAGUUGUUCUAGUUUUUGUUUUUUCAAAAUGCUUGUGAAAUCCUGAAGCAUGAUAGCUUCUGUGGAGAAGAAUGACGGCUUCUUCCUUGUGGAGCGAAGAUGCGAAUGUGCCAUCAACAUCAAGCUCGCCGCCGCAGCAGCAGCAGCAUCCGCUACGUUGUUCUCAAACAAGGUCGUGCGGGCACAGAAAUGUCUUCCAACUGUUAGCACACAGAGAGGUUUCCCCGCAAACAAAACUUUCAUUGAGAAAGUUAUGGGGUGAAGAUUCAAAGGGUCGUUCUGAUUCCUUUGAGCCAAGGUGUCAGGCGGCGAGAGAUGCUAAACGUGAUUUGCUCUCAUGGGUAGAGGCAGAGUCAAUGCUACACCUGUCAGCCAAGUACUCUUCCCUCUUGCCUCCUCCUAGGUCAACUAUUGCAGCAGCCUUUAGCCCAGAUGGUAAAAGGAUUGCUUCUACACAUGGAGAUCAUACUGUUAAGAUUAUCGAUUGCCAAACUGGAGGAUGCUUAAAGGUUUUGAGUGGUCAUCGUAGAACACCAUGGGUGGUUAGAUUUCAUCCAUUGUAUUCAGAAAUACUUGCAAGUGGAAGUCUGGAUCAUGAAGUUCGCUUGUGGAAUGCAAAUACUGCUGAGUGUAUAGGAUCACAUGAUUUCUACCGUCCCAUUGCUUCCAUAGCUUUUCAUGCCCAAGGGGAACUCCUUGCUGUAGCAUCAGGGCACAAGCUAUUUAUAUGGCACUACAACAGGAGAGGAGAGACAUCCUCACCAACCGUUAUACUAAGGACACGCCGUUCACUUCGGGCAGUACAUUUUCACCCUCAUGCAGCACCGUUUCUCUUGACUGCUGAGGUCAGUGAUCUUGAGCCAUCUGAUUCAUCAAUGACACUUGCUACUUCUCUGGGUGAUUUGCGGUAUCCUCCUCCCACUGUAUAUCUGACAGAUGCUCAUGCCAGUGGUCAGUCAAAUCUGCCAAAUGAAUUGCCUAUUGGGCCUUUACCUUUCUUUAUGUGGCCUUCAGUUGCUAGAGAAAAUGCCAGAACAUCUUUGCAGCAUAUAGAUGCUGAUUGGAGUUCAAAUGAUGUGCCAAACAGAAGCUAUCAAUCUUCUUCAGUUCGGCUUCUGACCUAUUCAACUCCAACUGGGCAGUAUGAACUUCUCUUGUCUCCUAUUGAGCCAAAUAACUCUUCUCCUCAACAAGAAGAAAUGGCAAGUAUUCCUUUAUCAAAUGAAAUGCAAACUGAAGUUUCUCAUUCUGCAAUGGAAUCUAUGGAGGUCCAGCCAGCAGAGAGAAGCAAUCAGUUUUUCUCCUUUGGUGACCCAAUCUUUUGGGAGCUACCAUUUAUGCAGGGAUGGUUGAUUGGCCAGACACAAGCUGGCCAACAAAUUAUGCAUCUGCCUAACAAUGUUGGUUAUGAGAAUUCACUUCCUGCCAGUGAAACAGGAAGUUCAGCUCCAGUAGCUUCUUCAGUAGCCCCCACCAGUAUGGGGCAAUCGAGAGCUGCAGGAAGAUCAAGUUCCAGACAUCGUUCUUCACGUUCUCGCAUGGUGUCCUCAAGCCGAUAUGGUGAAGGUGCCGGUUAUAAUAACAUCAUCCAUGAUGGAAGUGAUCCCCAACCUGCUAUAACUAGAGUGCCAUCUGAAGUUGCCCCAUCAUUGGCAGCAGCUGCAGAGCUGCCUUGCACAGUGAAACUAAGAAUUUGGUCUCAUGAUGUAAAAGAUCCAUGUUCUAUACUUGAUCUAGAAAGAUGUCGCUUGAUCAUUCCGCAUGCAGUGCUUUGUAGUGAGAUGGGUGCUCAUUUUUCUCCAUGUGGGAGGUUUUUGGCAGCCUGUGUUGCCUGUGUAUUCCCUAAUGUGGAAACUGAUCCUGGUCUACAAGGCCAUCAGAAUCAUGACAUAAAUGGAGCAGCAACAUCCCCUACACGACACCCUAUUUCAGCACACCGAGUUAUGUAUGAGCUUCGUAUAUAUUCCCUUGAGGAGGCAACAUUUGGUUUGGUGCUUGCAUCCCGGGCAAUAAGAGCUGCUCAUUGUUUAACCUCUAUUCAGUUUUCACCAACAUCAGAGCAUUUAUUACUUGCUUAUGGCCGCCGUCAUAGUUCUCUCCUCAAAAGUCUUGUUAUUGAUGGAGAGACGACAGUGCCCAUUUACACUAUUCUGGAGGCAAAAAGCGAGGCGAGGCGAUGGCCUAAAAAAUGCUGAAGCGACGAAGUGAGAAGCGAAGCGAUCGCUUCUUUGAAGUGAAGCGAGUAACACUUUGAAGUUAACAGUUAUUAAAUAGAAUAGAACUAAUUAGAAUAGAAACUUAAGAGUAUUAAGAGUGGAAAAGUAGAAUAUGGUGCAAGUAACAGCUUUAAAUUAAAUUCUACUUUACUGAGUGCAAAUAGAAUUAAAUUCUGUUUUGGAAUUAAAAUUCAAGAGUUUUAUACAGUGAAAAAUUGACUAUUUCAAUCUAUACUAUACAGAUGAUGUUAAGUUUCUUAAUCAAGGUCUCCUAGACUAGAUAGAUCUGAAUACUAUAAGUUUAACAACAAGAAAUAGAACUGAAAGAUAAAGGAGGGAUAAAGAGGAAAUGCAUAG